AUGAUGUUUCACUCAUCCAUUGUGCUCGCUAUCCUUCCUCUUCUCUCCCUCUUUACGGCAGCUGGAGCUGAUUCCCCUUCCCUCUCCAUCGAAAUCAUAAAGUUCUCCUCUUACUACCUCAUGGUAUCUCCCUCCGCCCAAGGUCCGAGACAAGGCCUUCUCGACUUCACCUUGAUUAACAGCGCAGUUGGAGUUGCUAUUGCGUGUAGUGCUAAGAACUCGAAUUCUUUCGCCAUUUUCAGUCCCUCUAUCAGCUAUGAAUGCGACUUCGCGCCUGCUGGAGGAGAAGUGAGGGACGACAACUGGUGCUGGACAACUAGCGCGACUUUCAAUUUUGAUACGACAGAGCCGAAGGUCUACAACUUGACUGUGCAAAUGAGUUGGUCGUGUGAGAACGAAGGCGUCUACGCUCUAUCCGCCUGGAGUCUCCUUGAUCUCGACUGUGGGAGCUGGUCAUGCGAGAACAGAAUGUGGCCCAAAUAUAAUGUGUAUUCCAACUCUAGUACGCUAUGUAUGCCGGGUAGCGUGGAUUUUCCAAGCGCCGAUGUGAACGUGCUGAAGUUGGAGUGA